AUGGCCCUUCUAGCCAUGAAGCUUUCUCUCUGCUGGAUCUGUGCCGUUGUGGUCCCAGUGUACGCCGAAUCGCCCUUUGCUGUCCAAUGGUCUGAACAAACAUAUGGCCCGGAUGGUCCGUGGCACGCUGUGUCAGUCGAGUUGGGAUCUUCCAACCAGGCAGUCGAUCUUUACCCUGGUGAUCGUUGGGCCAGUACAAUCCUCAUCGACACCCUCUGCUCAGAUACUUCAACAACCUGCUAUGCAGAGAGAGGCGGUCUGUUCAAUAUCAACGCCUCUGACACCGCCAACACGCUGCAGACCCCGAACGACACCAGUCAACUCACUUGGUUGUCCGACCAGACCGCAGCAGGUGUGAAUAAUUGGGGCGGCGUUGGCCAUGUCAAGGAAGGGGUCCUUGCCGACAGUAUCACUUUUAAGAAUGGGCUAUCCGUGCCCAGUGUCUCCAUGGCAUCGAUAUACAAAGCCAAUCAAACAUUCACUGCCAACGGAAAAGAGUAUCCGGUCACGCUGGGGACAUUGUCGUUAGGCGGCACAAAGCCAACCCAUGUCGUGCAGGGCAAUACAUUCAACCUGGUCAGUGCCUGGGCGCACUGGAAUCGAUCUUCAUCUCAAAGGAUUCCUUCAUAUUCAUGGGGAAUGCAUAUUGGAUCCGUAGAGCCUGACAUCCCCGGCUCGUUAGUCCUUGGUGGCUAUGAUCAGAGCCGAGUCUUGAAUGAAGUCAGCACUCAACAAGUCGAUCCUGACAGCAAUCUGGGUGCGCUCAAGAUCUACUUCAAAGAUAUUGGCAUGGGAGUCGCGACUGGUGACUCGCCAUUUGAUUUCGAAGCCAAGUCCAGCCUGUUCAAGACAGGAACAAGCAACACCACUCGAGGGGCGACCGCGGAAAUCAACCCUGUGCUGCCGUAUUUAUAUCUCCCCAGAGAGACGUGCGACGCAAUGGCGGCCAAUCUUCCAAUCACCUAUAAUGAAGAUCUGAACCUCUAUUUCUGGAACACAAGUGACGAUUCCUAUCAGCAAAUCACCUCUUCCCCGGCUUACAUGUCUUUCAUCUUUGGGAAAAGCACAAGCAACAGCCAGAACUUGACCGUCAAAGUUCCUUUCCAGCUUUUGAAACUCACACUCCAAGAGCCUCUCGUCGAGAAAAACACGACUUAUUUCCCCUGCUACCCAUCCAAUACCCUGGUUCUCGGAAGAGCGUUCCUCCAAGCAGCCUUCAUCAGUGUCAACUGGGGGAACGGCACAGGGAAUGGUGAAUGGUCGCUGGCUCAAGCACCUGGCCCAGUAAUUGGAACAGGCAGCCAACGGGAUAUCGGGGUAAACGAUGAAUCGGUGACUGCCUCCGAAAACUCAUGGGAAGCCAGUUGGGAUGGAUAUUGGGAGCCUCUUUCAUCGAAGACGUCGAUAGACCAAACGGAGUCCCUCUCGGAGUCCAGCUCGGAGCCCAGCUCGGGCCUUUCGACUGGCGCAAAGGCUGGCAUUGGUAUCGGCUGCGCCGCUGGUGCCUUGGGACUCAUUGGAAUGAUUGCCUGGCUGUGUAUCAGACGCCGAAAGGGGUCAGAUAAUGCCCAGUCCAGUAUGGGUCAAUAUGACAGCAUUCAACCGAUAUCCCAUGAUGGGACGAGGUCGGUUGGCCCAAGUGAGUUGAACAAUGAGACACUCAAUGAGUUGCAUUCGGAUAAGAGUGUGCAUGAGGUACCUGGAGCUAGCUCUGUGCGUCAUGAACUUUCCUGA